AUGGCGGGUGAUAGCAACAGAGACACAAUGGAGGAUCUGGAAGAUGGAGAAAUAACUGGUUCAGAUUCGGAAUCCGACAUGCUGUCAACGUCAGAUGACCGACACCCAAUGCCCUCUCAAGGAGCCUUUUCAAGUCAGUGUUUCCAAAGCCGAGGCUCUCCACAGACAGCCCCGCCUGUCAACAGCUACCGUAGCUCCAUCAGGACCGACUCCAGCGAAAGUGACUCGGACUCCGAGGAAGAGGCUGCGCUGUGGAGGCGAAAGCGCCAGAAGUGCUCCAACAUUCCGGCGCCUUUACCUCCGGCCUCUUUCCGAGGCCCCGGUGCCACGGCGGGGCCCCUGGGCCGUAAGGUGAAUAACAUCUGGGGCUCUGUGGUGCAGGAGCAGAGUCAGGAGGCUGUGGCAGCCGAGUUGGGUGUCAUGGGCGUGGAGGGAGGCAUCAGCAUGAACAGCCGCCAGAGUGAGACGUACAACUACAUCCUGGCGCGCAAGAUGAUGGAAAAGGAGAGGCAGGAACAGGGAACGGAAGCCAUGCUGGACAGCCAGCUGGAGGAGUAUAUGCAGCACGGAGCACAGGAAGAAAUGAGUGACGGCCAUCUUAAGAGAAAGCGGGCAGUCAAGGAGAGGCUGGGGCCUAGAGCCGAGAUGGACGUUAAGGGGCGAUAUGAGAUUACUCAGGACGACCCCGAAGACAGAGUGGUUGAUGAAAUAGCUCACAGGUUAAUGGAGCCAAAAAAGGAAUUAAUAGAGCGUGUGGUGAAGGUGAUUGGCAUAAAGAAAGCAAUAGAGCUUCUGUCAGAAACUGCAACUAUUGAACAAAAUGGAGGUCUUUACACUGUGGAUGGUAGUAGAAGGCGGACCCCUGGAGGGGUGUAUCUGAACCUGUUGAAGAACACUCCUAGUAUUUCUCAUGAAGAAGUCAAGGAAAUAUUUUAUGAUGAGAACCAGAAAGAGUAUAACAACAAAAAGGCAGCCAAAAAGCGGCGCAGACAUAUAGUGGCCAGGAAGAUGAAGGAAGCCAUCAACACAUUAAACCUGCAGGAACAUGACGAUGUCUCACGGGAAACGUUCGCCAGCGACACCAAUGAGGCCCUGGAAUCACUCGAGGAGGUUCCUGAGGACCAGCCGGAGCCUGCGCUGGGCACAGAGGACAGUCCUGUUGUUUACAGCUCCGCUGACCUGGAAGUCUUCUGAUGCAUAUGGCUGUGCCCCAUUUGUGACUGUUUUGUUGAGGUGACAAAUCUGCUGUGUCUUUGUUCGAAAGCCCAUGGACAGUGUGUUCGGUGAUACAGCUUGAAUAGACUGGCUUUCAGUUAAGAUGCAUUUGUUUGACUUGCUCCCUGGUUCAGGGGCAAAGGGGGAAUUGAUAACAGGGCAAUCAAUCAUUUCUUUCACGUUCUCCUCAAUAGAUUGCGUGCAGUUGGACAAGACUGCACUGUACCAAGAUGAACAUCAACAACUAGCAUCUUGUUAGUAAUUGUGUGGAGCACAGAGGUGUUCCACAGUUAAUGAGUUUGGCAAUCGAAUGUUCCUUUUUCAAUGCAGUAACAUCUGUCUAUUGAUAGCCUUAUACAAUGUGCUGUUUUAGAAAAGCCUGUUGCAAGAGUGCAUGUUUUACUUGCUCUCUGAUUUCACAUUAUUAUUCUUGGUUUUAAAUGACCAUGCAGGUUUCCUAUAAAUUCAGUAUAGUCCUUCAAAACCCUAUGUCUUCAAAACCCUAUGUUUGACUUUUGUCUAGAAAAACUGCUCUUUCUCAGAGGACAGAGAGACGUUUAAAGAUUUGUGUGGGCAAUUUUUAAAAAGUUUUUUUCACAGUAACCUGGUUUGUGUGUUACUAGACAAGGAGCACGUCCAUUCAUAGCCAUUUCUCAAGUUUGUACUCUAUAGUAUUACAGUGACAUUAGGAAGAAAUUCUACAUAAAGUUACAGUCUGACUAUGUCCUAUUCUUGGUGAAAAUUGAUGCUUUGAGAACAUUACACUUGAUCUGCAUUCUGUAGACUACCCAUAACGCUAACAACUGAAUACAUUGUGUUUCACAAAUGUUUAUCAUGAACACUGAAUGUAGUGAUGGGAAAAUAUUAAUAUUUUUUUAAUGGUGACGAUGAUGGUGAACAUGAAUCAUAGGUUUGCUACAGAAUACUGAUCCUUUGAUACCAAGUCAUGAAACGAUAGUUCUACUAGAAAUCACUUUAUUAAAUGCUUGUGAAAUAUGGAUGCUAUGAACUGAUCUCAAUUUAAUCAGACGUUAAUGAUCUAAUUUUCACACCUGGACAGAGCACGUAAUGCACAUUUCCUGAUUUCUUAUUUUAAGCAACGUAUCAUCUAUACUGCCUGAUGUUAUUACAUGAAAAUCCAUGAUUAGUGUCUUUGCAUCUUACACAGAAAUGUCAUCUUUCAUGAAAAAACUCAGUCAAGUAUUAUCCAUUGCUCAAAAUCACAAGUCAAAAGGAAUGUUUAGAACUCAGCAGUCAAUGAUUCGGUUUAACAUGGUGGUUUUUCCUCCUUCGCGUCCUAUAGCAUAUCACUAACAUUUUCUGUAUUUAUAAUCAGUAGAAUCUCGCUUAAUUAUGCAUUUUUAUUUGACACUGCCACUGGCAAAAAAAAUUUUUUUAAAGAAAACAAAACAAUUUGUUAUGGAUAACUGAGCGGUUUGCAUUUUGUUUAAAUGUUAGGACUGGCUCAUGGUGCUUCUCAGAUAGCCAGAUGAGACAGAACCUCUUCACCGUCUCAAGUGCAACUCUGAAAAGUUGUCAUGGCGACAUUCAGGGUAAUAUGUCCAAAUUAGGCUGUUAUUGUGACAGCCAUUUAGGGGUAUAGAAUCGCCCACGGUUAGAGAAUCCUGAGGCCAUGGUGGUUAUUUGUGACAAGGCUCACAAUCAAAAAGAGACAGAAGCUCGUCUGUCUUUCUCAGAACUCACAAGUUGAACUCAAGUUUACCAGUUGAACUUCUUGACUAUUUCUGUAGGCAGUCAUCCAUUUUUGAUUGUUUUACUGACACUGUAUAAACAUAUGCCCCUAACUGGCCGCCUUAUUGUCAGGUAAACCUUAUAAGUGCAUUAUUAUAGGUGUUCAGUUACACACUGUUGCCAUGCACUGUUUAUUAUGCAUCCACCAUCAGACCACCAGGACCACUGAUGACCAGGUGGUAGACCAAUCUCAAUGUCGCAAUAUCACUGCUGGGUUGAAAGUGAUAUACCAGCCAAAAAAAUCCAGUGGUCAAAAGCAUACUACUGAUGAACAUAAAGUGCAUAGCCAAUAGAUAUACUACACUUGCUAUGUAUACACCAAAAAUGAGUUUUUAAUAAAGUGGAUGGACAGUG